AUGGCAAACACAGGUGUUUUUGGAAAUGCAAAGCUUAGACAUGAUUUUGGGUUUAGGGCUACCAAACCGAGAUACGACUUGUCUCACUAUCUUGGGUUUGCCAGGAAAGAUCCAGAUUACCUGAAGCUGUGGUUGGAUAGUUUUGUUUCUAGCUAUGAACAGUUUCUGGAUUUGGACUUUGAGAAGCUGCCAACUAGGGUGGAUGACAUUCCUCCAGGAAUAUCACUGCUGCCUGAUAACAUUCUUCAGGUCCUCAGGCUCCAGCUGCUACAGUGUGUCCAGAAAAUGUCAGAUGGACUAGAAGAGCAGCAGCAGGCUCUGUCGCUUUUACUUGUGAAAUUCUUUAUCAUCCUUUGCAGAAAUUUGGCUAAUGUGGAGGAGAUUGGGAUGUGUUCAUACAUUAACCAUGUUAUCACCAUGACUACGUUAUACAUUCAACAGUUAAAAAGCAAAACAAAAGAAAAAGAAGUGGCAGAUCAGACCCCCAUGGAAGAAUUUGUGAGACAUGCAUUGGCUUUUUGUGAAAGUCUGUACGAUCCAUAUCGAAACUGGAGGCAGCGAAUUGCAGGACGUUUCCUUAGUACAGUUGAAAAGAGCAGACAGAAGUAUAAACCAGCUUCGCUCACUGUUGAGUUUGUCCCUUUUUUUUACCAAUGCUUUCAAGAAAGCGAACAUCUCAAGGAAAGCCUAAAAUGUUGCUUGCUGCAUCUCUUUGGAGCUAUUGUGGCUGGUGGUCAGAGGAAUGCUCUUCAAGCAGUAUCUCCUGCCACCAUGGAAGUUUUGAUGCGUGUUUUAGCAGACUGUGACAACUGGGAUGACAGGAACCCUGAGGAAGUGAGCAGGAAGGCAGAGCUGACUCUGAAGUGCCUGACAGAAGUUGUCCAUAUCCUUCUAACCAGCAGUUCUGACCAGCGGCAAGUGGAGACAAGUACAAUAUUGGAGAACUAUUUCAAGUUACUUAAUUCAGACCAUUCAGCUUUACCUAAUCGAAGGCGAUGCAGGCAGUGGGAGAGCAGGUUCAUAGCACUACAGAUCCAAAUGCUGAAUACCAUCACAGCCAUGUUAGACUGCACAGAUAGGCCUGUUCUGCAGGCAAUUUUCCUUAACAGUAACUGCUUUGAGCAUCUCAUUCGACUGUUGCAGAACUGCAAGCUGUUUUUAAAUGCUAACAAUAAAGUGGCAGACAAGAGUGAGAAAGACCUUGCCAACAAAUUACUGACAGAAAUGAAUGAGGACCAGGUGUUUCAGGGACACCUAGACUGCUUGGCAGUAUCAACCAUUCAAGCCCUCACAGCAGUAAUGCACAAGUCUCCAGCUGCUAAGGAGGUCUUCAAGGAGAGGAUUGGUUAUGCACACAUGUAUGAGGUACUAAAAUCACUGGGUCAACCCUCACGGGAAUUGCUGGAAGAACUCAUGAAUAUGGCUGUUGAAGGUGACCACAUGGCUGUUGGGAUACUAGGCAUUAGUAAUGUCCAGCCCCUAUUGCUGCUUAUCCAGUGGCUUCCAGAACUAGAAUCACAUGACCUGCAGAUUUUCAUCUCAUCUUGGUUGAGGCAAAUCUGCUGUAUUAACAGACAGAGUCGUGCCACAUGUGUCAAUGCGAACAUGGUCAUCUGUAUCAUUGAGACACUAAAUUCCCACUCCGUGCUCCAUUGUACUUGUGCAGAGAACCUGAUUGCCCUUCUGGGCUCUUUGGGGAGCCAGUCAAUGGGCUCAGAAGAACUGCUUCAACUAAUACAGCUCCUGAGGACUGAGGAACCAAAACGAGCUCACCCAUACGUUGUUCCAGUGAUGCGAGCCAUUCUAGCAAUGGCCCGGAAGCAGGGCAUAGCUAGUGCCUUGCAGUAUUUCAACUUGUACCACAGCAUGGCUGGAAUUGCUGUUCCAUCAAUUCAUAAGUGGCCAGGCUCUGCAUUUUCUUUCAACGCUUGGCUCUGCCUUGACCAGGACCGGGUGGACCCUAGCACGACUAGCAAAACUGGCAAGAGGAAGCAACUCUAUAGCUUUUUUACAGGAAGUGGUAUGGGUUUUGAAGCAUUUAUUACAUGCUCUGGGGUACUGGUGGUUGCAGUUUGCACGAAGAGGGAAUAUGCAACAGUGACGCUGCCAGACCAUUGUUUUUUUGACUCUCUCUGGCACAACAUAACUAUUGUUCACAUGCCUGGAAAGAGGCCCUUUGGUCAGAGCCUUGUGUACAUCUACGUCAAUGGACAGCAGAAGGUCUCUGCCCCACUUCGAUUCCCUGCCAUGAAUGAAUCUUUUACUUCUUGCUGCAUUGGUUCAGCUGGUCAAAGAACAACAACUCCUCCUCCAUCUCAGAUACCAGAUCCACCUUUUUCCUCCCCUAUUAUGCCCCAUCGGACAUCACUUGGGGGCAUUCUCUCUACAGGAAGUUGGGGUGGGAUGCUUGGAAAACCAGAGCUCAUCACGAAGGUGAUUUCAGCAGGGACUCAGGACAGUGAAUGGGGAUGUCCAACAUCUUUGGAAGGCCAACUUGGAUCAGUUAUCAUCUUUCAUGAAGCACUGCAACCUCCUCAGGUGAAAGCAUUAUAUUUAGCAGGUCCAAACUGUUUAACUCCAUGGAAGUCUCAAGAGGCUGAAGUAGCAGAUCUCCCCAGUAAGGUGCUGCUUCAUUAUACACCAAAGGCCUGCAGAAACCCAAUUUGUCUUGACCUGUCUGCAAAUCUUUUACAUGGAAGACUAACUGGAAACAAAGUAGUGAACUGGGACAUCAAGGAUAUGAUCAACUGUAUUGGUGGAGUAAAUGUGCUGUUUCCAUUGCUAGAGCAGAUCAGUGUUCUUGGUGGACAGAUACCUGAGAAGUCUGAAGGGGAAACUCUACCUCCAGAACUAGUUACUCCUGUAGAGGGAGACUGGGUGGUAUUGUCAUCCACAAAGGCAUCAGAAGCACGCCUGGAGAAGAACAUUGUUGCAACUUUCAUCUUGAUGAUAAAACACUUUAUUCAGAGACACCAUGUUAAUCAAGAAAAUCUCAUUCACUCCCAUGGAGUUGCCACCCUAGGAGCCUUGUUACAGAAGGUGCCAAGCAACUUAAUGGAUGUGAAUGUACUGAUGGCUGUGCAGUUGUUGAUAGAACAAGUCUCAGUAGAAAAGAACUUGCAGCUUUUGCAACAGAUGUAUCAACACUUACUUUUUGACUUCAGUAUCUGGAACAGUGGGGACUUCCCCUUCAGAAUUGGACAUAUACAAUAUCUUUCUACAAUCGUCAAGGACAGCAGAAGACUCUUCAGAAAGAAAUACGGUGUACAGUUUCUUCUAGACACACUCAGGAUUUAUUAUGGUGGCUGUAAAGACAGUGAUUUGGCUCCUGAUGACCUGAGAACAAUACGGUCAUCCCUAUAUGGACUGAUCAAGUAUUUCCUGAGCAAAGGUGGAACACAUGAAGAAAUACAGAGCAUCAUAGGAUACAUAGCUGCCACCAGUGAAGAGGAGCAG